AUGCGCAGCUUCGUCUUGCUUUCUGUGGCAGCCUCUGUGCUGGGUCACACCCCGGUGGACACCUUCUAUCCCCCAACGCUGAAUGAUACGUCAUACAUCAGCGACAGCUCAAUUGGGACAUAUGGUGGUAUCUAUGAAGCUCCAACCAAUGGACCGACCGGGGGCAGCCCCUACGGCAUCUAUGACUACUGUUCGAUGCCGCACCCUCGUUCAGCGGAAUAUGAACUGCCCGAAGCUCUAACCAAGGGGUCAACUAAGGGAAAGCUGGUGUACCUGGAGUAUCUGCAGCGUCACCAGCGACGAACUCCGUACAACAUUCUCCCAGGUGGGGAGAACCAAGAGUAUCACUGCGACAAUGUGCGCCCGUAUCUCUACGCAGGCCCUAACAGCGCAAGCGGCAUCCAGCCCAUGCCAAUGUAUGCGCAGACAUACCAGGACCCCACCAACCCCUUCUCAGCCGGCGUGAACGGCACCUGUCAGUACCCUCAGAUCACCAUCGGAGGAGUCCAGGACGGAUAUCAGCACGGCAAGGACCUGUGGUCUGUCUACGGCAAGAAGCUUGGUUUGAUCCCUGCCAAGCCAAACAACCGAGUCUGGUUCCGCUCCAGCGAGUCCGUUCUCACCCAAGCUUCGGCUGGCGCGGUCCUGCGUGGCAUGUGGCCUCACUACGAGGGAGCCCUGCCCCUGCACCAAAUGGUUUCAUCCGUUGAUACUGUCAACGAGGGAUACUCCUGCUCUGCUAUCAGCUCUACUCUGUCUAGUCUGCAGUCUACCACACAGUGGAAGGAGCAUAUGAAUGUUACCGCGGAGUUGCGCUCGAAGCUCGGCUCUAUGUUGGGCGCGACAGAUAGUUCGUGGCAGAAUACCUUUGACCACUUUUCGGAUAACUUCCAGGGCCGUCUUUGCAAUGGCUAUGAGUUGCCCUGCAGUCUGUCAGAUCCCUCAACCUGUGUCACGAAGCAGAUGGCUCAGGAGGUCUUCCGUGCCGGUGAUUGGGAGUGGAACUACUACUGGCGCACGAACCCGGAUGUAGUCAAGUACAUCCAGCUUGUCGAGGGCUUGUUUAUUGGCGAGAUCGUUUCUCGUCUGCAGGCUGUCCUGAGCGGAAAGUCUUCCCUUGAUUACAGCCACACCUUUAUUCAUGAUGGAGAUAUUGGUCCUAUCCUCGGUUCUUUGGGAAUCGAGGCGCUUCGCUGGCCUGCUAUGGCAUCCAACAUUGCUUUCGAAAUUUGGGAGACGAAAGAUAGGAAGGGUUCAAAGUCUUUCUACGCCCGGGUCCUGUAUAGUGGCCAUCCCGUACGAAGCAUCCACGGUCUUCUUGACUGGGUCCCUCUCUCGAAGCUUAUUUCUAUCAUGAGCACCUACGUCCCUGAGGAUAUCACUUCUCUCUGUGGGUAA